GCGCCGCGCGGUGCAUGCUGGGAGUUGUAGUCCGGGCGGCCAUGGCGGAGGAGGGCGAGAGGAAGGCCGCGCUGGAGACGGUCCAGGCAGAUGGGACAGAUGGAAACUGCGUCACGUUUGUGUUGCAUGAUGAGGACCACACACUCGGCAACUCUCUCCGAUAUAUGGUCAUGAAGAACCCUGAUGUGGAGUUCUGUGGCUACUGCAUCACGCAUCCCUCUGAAAGCAAGAUCAACUUCCGGAUCCAGACCAGAGGGGGCCUUCCUGCUGUUGAGCCGUUCCGGAAAGGGCUGAACGACCUGAUGGGUGUUUGCCAACAUGUGCUCAACACCUUUGAGCAGCACAGCAGAGAGGACAAACCCAAACCAGUAUCACCAGUAACAGGAAGGCAAGCGGAGCUCAGCCACUGCCUGCCCUGGCUGAGGCCGGCUGGCUGCUCAGUCGCUGCAGGGGUACGUACCUGUCUGCACCCAGAAAUAACCCCAGAAAACACUCCUGUGAUGGGAGCAUGUAGGGGUAGGAGCAGAAACCAGUAAGAACCCAGGUUUGGUUUGUCACAUUAUUCAUGGGACAAGUUUGUUGUUCUCCAGGGAGAAGAUCCAGCCAGGCUGCAAUAACGUCUGCGUGCGGUGGCCGCUUCCUGCCUUAUCAGCAGAGGAUUAGGGAGUUAGAUGUCAAGAUUCAGAGAGUUCAUAAAAUCAAUGCUAAUUCCUGAACUCUCCCUGCAGAGACUCCUCAGAUCAGCUCAGUCCAUCUGUGCUGUGCCCAACACCGAGGACUCCUGACUUGACUGCAACCUCAACAAACCACCUCACAGCAAAAGGUGGGGAUCCUAUCCAAUCUGUAAGAUGAAAUUUUUCAAAGAUACCUUGGAGGCACAGAGAAAAAAAAUCCUCGCUAAUGUGGAAUGUGCAAGUAAAUCUCUUCUCUGAGAUCUGAGAAACUUUGUCCUCAUCUUGGUAUGGAUCUUCUUAGUCUUUAAACUAGGUAAAGUGAGAAGACAGAAGAGAUUGAUCAAGUCUCCUUUAGGAAGAGAGAAAAGAACAAAAAUAACUUAGUGCUGAAGCAUAAGUAGAACUGAAUCAGUGAGGAACAGAUCUUGAAAUUAAUAAAGGACUUCUAAUUUCAAGAGGUAAUGUAGAUCAGACCAUGACAAUUGAGACAGCUCUCAGCAGGGAAAAAUUUCUAGUGUUAUUGCUGGCAUUUGCCUGGUAAUAUGAUAGAAGAGGUGCUACCUUUGCCUUGGUUUAGAAUUGACUCCAACAUAUUCAAAUUUGUGGCUAUCCAUUUUCAGCCCUUUUCAUGGGAAUCAUGAGUGAAUUUGUGCAGGAUCUCAGCUACUUAUGGAAAACUGCAGAAGUUCACAAUAAAAUACUGUUACAUAUAUAUGCUGUUACAGCCUUUUUUCUGAGUGGAUCCAGACACAAGAAUGGAUUGGACUCCCUCUCAUCUUGAGAUUUGGCCAAAGAUGCCAAUGAGAAUUUGCCCAGCCUAGUUUUUCUCAGUGGUGAAGAUUUGUAAAUAGGGUAGAAAUAAUCUAUAUUGGUUGUUUGGGAACUUUCUUCCUUCUUUGUGUGAAAGCAAAUUAUCUGUGUUUCUCCACUAGAUCAUUUCCGUGAUCCUUGAAGAUCUGAUGAAUCAGAGCUGUGGAUAAUCCACAGAAAAGUUAUGUCUUUAUUUACUGCGUACCCCUGUUUAUCGGAGACGACUCCUCACUCAGAAGGGUGGAGAACAAAACCUCCAUUCAGACUCCUCUCUCUUCAUCCUACUAAACAUCCCAAAUUGGAGAGCCUGUCUUAGGGAUCUGUCACCCUCCCAUCUCUGUGGCUUCUCAAGUCUUGGCACAUGUCUGUAGAUAGAGAUGUGAUAGCACAUGGACAGACAUGUCCCCAGCAGCACUUUGGUCUAACCAGCUCAGGUGCCAGAAGCAACACAGGUGAUGGACAGGUGUUGAGGGAUCUGGUUUUCUUGUUUUGUUUGUAUUUUUAAGUUGAAUGUUUUAUUUGUAACUGUCGCUUUAUGCUUUUUUGGGGGGAGAAGGCUGCUUAUGGAGUCUGCUCGAGGAUCCUGUUUCUCACCAUCUUUGCUGACAUUGCCAUGUAGUGAUUAGACUUGGCCAUUUUGCUUUCUCUUCUCCAGUUUCAGUCUUCCUUGCCCAUCUCGUCUUAGCGUGUGGCAGACCACAUGAGCCUCUGAGGAUGGAAAUGUAGGGCCAAGCCAGCUGGUGGGCUGGGCUGGGUGGGUACAGCCCUUCUCUGGCCUUGCUUCAGGGGCAGCCAGCUGCUACCCCCCUGUUUUGGUCACUAAUGCUCAUAGAUGUCUCCAACUUGCAAGCAUGUGUCCCAAAGUUAACUCUGGACCUCAGUGAAGCAUUUCUACACCUUGGUGGAUGCCUGUGACACUGAGGCUGAGCCUUCGGUCUGGGCCAGGGUGGGAGCGAACAAGUUCAUUACCGGCUGGUGUCCUUGAAGGGGAUCAGGAGGUGACCUCCCACCGUUCCCGAAGUGAGUCUGCCCCUCCGCACACUUACACUCCCCAGGAAGAUCAGGAAACACGCACCUCGAAUAGCUCAUCUCCGCCUAGGGCAGAAGUCAUGGCAUAUUGGUCGAUGCCUCCUUUAACCCUCUGGCCUCUUUGGAGGGCUGCAGCUUUUCCUUGGCUCUCUUCCCGGAGCACACGAGUCUGCAUGCCACCUCUCCUCCUGACCCCACUGGGGACGUAUCCCGCAGCCCUAUUCUGGGACAGUCAUGUUUCUGCAUGUGACAGAGGGAUGAAUGGGUCUUUCUGUUCUGCUGGAGACAAAGGGCGGCUCCAGCCCCCUUUGGAGACCCCCAGGAAAACAGCAAUCUUCUUGUACAGUCAACUAGUGUCCUCGAAACACAAUUCAGUUUCAAGGCUGAUGUUAAGAGUCACUUAAAUUAUCAGAAUGAAGGAACUACUUCUGAAUCAAGCCACGGUACAGUCCAGCAGCAACCAGCAAUGCAGCACCAUGCAGACAAGCAACAGCUUCAUGGGAUCUGUUUUGCACAGACUGCCCUUCCGUUUUAAAGACAACAUGUCAAGUAUAAUUAAUUUGGCUUUCUGCUGCCAUUCGUGCUUAACUGAUUCCCAUGCAAGCAGCACAGAAGGUGGCUUGGCAAGAUUGGCUAGUCCUGUGCACAGCAAGCUCAGAGGAGCCAUAGCUCAGAAAAAUGCCAGCUCCUCAUUGAUAUAUUAGAUGAGAAGAAGACUGAUACUUUGUCUUCACGCUACCUUUAAGCCUGGUCAAUCGAUUUGCAGCCUCGAGCUAAGAUUUCAUUUGGAAAUCAGACAUGAUCUCAAGUCCUUGAGAGAGCAUCUGGAUGAGAUCCUGCUAAAGACCAUCAUCCAUCUGUCAGUGUCUCCUGCUAAUGCUUCAAUCAUAUUUGUUGAGAAGAAAGACAGAUCUGCGUUGAAAUACCACAGCCUUAUCAUUCACAAGAAAGAGCACGUAGCUUUUGCUUUUAACUUAGUGAGCUGCUGGAAGGAUGCGCUCUGAAAACUUACCUCUGCAGCUAAACUUUAAUGGCUUCUACAAUUUAUUUUCUGUUCAAGAAUCUAAGGUGUGGAAAAAUUACAUUUUUGCAUUGAGUGUAGCUGUCUGCAGUACCUGAUUAAUCUCUUUGAUUUGUCCAAGGCUUGUCCUUUUAUAUCCUUUUGGUCCUCUUAGCAUAGGCUUUGGAUCAGCUAGUGGCCAUCUACCUCAACAGCCUUCUGCUCUUGCCUAUUCCUGCCUAACCUAUUCCUGUCCAUACAAUACUCGAAUAUCACAAGAGAAAGGGCUAAUAGCUAAAAUCAAAGCAGCAUGAAUUUCUUAGAUCAUAGCAAAGAUCUUGUGAAUGAGUGUAACCAAAAGAGUGCUACUAUGAUGGAAGAGGUCAGCCCAAGAUGAGAUGAAUGGCAACCAAGUUUUGGGCUGUUUGUGCACUCUGGGACUGUCUUUGACCAGUAACUCUAGGUCCAGCAUUCCCAGUUUUGAGAUACUCUCAGGAAGGAGUUCUCCAGAGCUCUGAGCUAAAAUGGAGUUUCUUACUGGCCUUUGAUCUGCAGCCCUCCUGCUCAUCUUGGAGUAAGUCAUCCCAGUGCACGGCUUUGCCUGGGAGCUAACUUUCAACUUUUUAAAGCUGCAACACCAAAGUAAAGCCAAGUCCCAUGAUAUUGUGUCACAGCAAGAAAUCAGCUUACUGGUGUGAUCAGCAUAUCUUUGUGGUCUGGAGAGAGGCACAGAUUAGGGCAUCCAUCCCUCCUAGCUUUGCCAACUGUGGGAACAUGUUGACAGCUUUCUAGUCAAAGCCACUGGAACAGCAGACCUUAAAGCACUGAUAAAGAAAAAUAAUGACUUCUGCUUCAAGCCUGAAUCACUGGAUUUAACCUGCAGAUAAAUAA